AAACAUACAACUAUCUACUUAGCAGAUCAAAAUGGAAAGUGUUGAAGUGAGAAGCCCAGAUGUUUCCUACACAACCGACUUCAUUCAAUCCAAGUAUGAGUACCAGAACACUAAAGUGGACACGGACUCAACAGGAAAGAUCACCGCCACGCCGGUCACUACGCAGUAUUUGUUUCGAACACACCGAAGGGUUCCAAAACUCGGUGUCAUGUUGGUUGGAUGGGGUGGAAACAACGGAACUACAGUGACGGCAGCCAUCUUGGCCAAUAAGCACAGGAUGGAGUGGCCAACAAAGGAAGGUCUAAACAGAGCAAAUUACUUUGGUUCUAUCACUCAGGCUAGUACGGUGUUACUGGGAACAGGUCCGCAGGGAGAAGUUCACGUACCUAUGAAGUCUCUGUUACCCAUGGUUGACCCAAACGAUAUUGUUUUAGAUGGAUGGGAUAUUUCAUCAAAGAAUUUGGCAGAUGCAAUGGAGAGAGCAAAAGUUCUGGAUUACAAUCUACAAACUCAACUGAAACCAUACAUGGAGGAUUUCAAGCCCCGUCCAUCAAUUUAUAUCCCAGAAUUCAUAGCUGCCAAUCAGGCAGAGCGGGCCGAUAAUGUGUUAACUGGUACUAAGCAAGAAUUGAUGACAAAAAUCCGCGAGGACAUCAGAGAAUUCAAGAAAACGAGUUCUGUUGACAAAAUCAUCGUGUUAUGGACCGCAAACACGGAAAGAUUCUCCGAUGUAAUACCAGGUGUCAAUGACACGGCAGAAUCCUUGAUUAAAAGCAUUCGGGAAAAUGAGAGCGAGGUUUCGCCUUCGACCUUGUUUGCAGUCGCAUCCAUUCUGGAAGGUGUAACCUUCAUUAACGGAUCUCCCCAGAAUACGUUUGUACCAGGUUGUUUAGAAUUGGCAGAGAGGAAAGGGGUCUUCGUUGGAGGCGAUGAUUUCAAAUCGGGACAAACAAAAUUAAAGUCUGUAUUGGUGGACUUUCUUGUUAGUGCGGGAAUCAAACCAAGGUCUAUCGUUAGUUACAACCAUCUCGGAAACAAUGAUGGGAAAAACUUGUCUGCUCCUCAAACCUUCCGCUCGAAAGAGAUUUCCAAAAGUAAUGUAGUGGACGACAUGGUUGAAUCCAACAGUACAUUAUAUGACAAAGGAGAGACUCCGGACCACUGUGUCGUCAUCAAGUACGUGCCCCACGUGGGGGACAGUAAGCGGGCCAUGGACGAGUACACCUCAGAAAUCAUGAUGGGAGGAACCAACACGAUCGUCAUCCACAACACAUGCGAGGACUCUCUACUAGCCAGUCCACUUAUCAUUGAUCUCAUAGUUCUGGCAGAACUCUGCGAGAGAAUCCAAUACAAAGUCGAAAACGAGACGCAUUUUCAAAAAUUCAAUUCCGUGUUGUCCAUCCUGAGUUACCUAUGUAAAGCCCCUUUGGUUCCCAGGAGAACACCCGUCAUAAACGCUUUAUUCCGACAGCGGUGCUGCAUUGAGAAUAUUUUGAGAGCCUGUAUUGGACUAGCUCCUAUCAAUCACAUGCUAUUAGAAUAUAAAUUACAAAAGCAAGAAAUGAUUAUUCCCACCAAGAGUGUAAAGCCUACCGUAGACUCAAGCAAGGACCAAAUUAAUCCUAAGAACAGUGACAGUAGUGACGAUACGGACUGUGAGAAGUAGCUGAUCAUUUUACUUAAUUAAACAAUUUGUCAACUUAUAUUCAUUCUUGCAAAGAAGCAAUUCCAAGCAUUUGCAGUUGGUGCUCAAUAAUCCCUUAAUAAGAGCUAUUAACUACCUAUUAUGUGAAUUUUCAUUAAUUAAAGUGGAUAAAAUACAUCAUCCAUUCUUUUAACUAAAGAAAAUAUUUUUCUUCCUCCCAUGUUUUUAAUUAAUCACAAUACAUACAUGCAACUACAAAACUUCAAAAAAUUCUUUUUUUGCAUAAGAGCCUAUUUUUUCCUCGGGAAGGAAUAAGUCCAGAAAGGUUUAGAAACAGAGUAAAUUGAUUC